AAGACAUUUUCCCAUCAUCAUCCAGGAGGGCGACCAACCAGUUGGCCGGCGGUUUCUUCCCCUUUCACAGUUUAGCUCUCCCCGUCAUUCCUUUCUCUUUCUUUUAAUCUCUUCAUCGUCAUCUAUCGACACAAUGGGCUGCGUACAGUCAUCUGGUAUUGACGAGGAGGCCAAGGCCCGCAACGAUGAAAUCGAAAACCAACUCAAGCGGGACCGCUUGAUGGCGAAGAAUGAGAUUAAAAUGCUUUUGCUGGGAGCUGGUGAAUCUGGAAAGUCGACGGUGUUGAAGCAGAUGAAACUUAUACAUCAUGGCGGGUAUAACGAGCAAGAAAGGGAGUCGUACAAGGAGAUUAUCUACUCGAAUACCAUCCAGUCUAUGCGUGCUAUCUUGGACGCUUUGCCGCAGCUAGACCUCUCUCUUACACCCCAAAACGACGCUCGCCGUGCUGUUGUACUCGGUCUCCCCGUGCAGAUUGAAGCCGACAACCUUCCCAACGACGUCUCGGAUGCUAUCCGGUCGUUGUGGAUGGACCCCGGAGUGAGAGAAGCCGUGCGGCGAUCGAGGGAGUUCCAGCUGAACGACUCUGCGGUUUACUACUUCAACUCGAUAGACCGCAUGGCGGCAAUUGGGUACUUGCCAACCGACCAGGACAUCCUCAGGAGUCGUGUCAAGACAACUGGUAUCACGGAAACGACUUUCAAGGUCGGAGAGCUUACCUACAAGCUCUUUGAUGUCGGCGGUCAACGUAGUGAACGAAAGAAGUGGAUUCACUGUUUCGAGAACGUCACUGCUUUGGUGUUCUUGGUCAGCUUGAGUGAGUAUGACCAGAUGUUGUACGAAGACGAGAGUGUGAACCGUAUGCAAGAAGCAUUGACACUAUUCGACUCGAUAUGUAACUCGAGAUGGUUCGUCAAAACCUCUAUCAUUCUGUUCUUGAAUAAGAUCGAUUUGUUCGCGGAGAAGCUUCCUCGGUCACCGCUAGGCGAUUACUUCCCGGACUACACUGGUGGAGACAACUACGACGCAGCUUGUGAAUACCUACUGCACCGGUUUGUGAGCCUCAAUCAGAGUGCGGCAACGAAACAGAUCUAUGCCCACUAUACAUGUGCUACGGAUACACAGCAGAUCAAGUUCGUGCUCAGCGCUAUUCAGGAUAUACUCCUUCAGCUACAUCUGAGGGAAUGUGGGUUGCUGUGAAGAGGAAUGAAAUAAAUCUUUUUUCGGCUACCCGUUACUUUCUUGGUCACAUUCACAUUCCACUUAUGACUAUUACUACUUUGUACCUACACCCGCUCCGGAUAAUCAUUCCCUUCUUGCAUGCAAUCUCACGUGGUCCGCGUCGUGUUUUUUCUCAUUCUUGGAAGGAACUGCGAUUCGUCGACCGUUUCUUGUUCCACAUUCACCUACUUACCCUCUUCCUUGUUAAUGACACCGCUUAUCGUUAUUCGGUUCUCCUUUUUCACCCGUUUGUCGAUAUCCUACUUGUAAUGGUCCGGUCUUCUCCCACUCGGUUCAUUCCUCAUAUGUGCAUUUCCCACUUCUUCCGGUUCAUACAAGUACAAGCUUGUCGUGUAUUUUCCUCUUGUCAUUUGAUGUAACGACGGUCAUGACAUGGGAAUGGUAACAUUGAUAACGGUUGACUUGACACGGAAGCAAUGUCCGACACUUCGGACUAUCGGACAAUAGUCACGUUUUAC